AUGCAAACCACUUCUAUACCUCCUCCCAGUUCUCGUGCCGUUCUUCGAUCUUACUACUGUCUCUGCGGAGAUUUCGUCUUAGUCAUACAGGGUAAAUUAGACCGACUUCCUCAACGACAAACCGAUCAUGCUUAUAUCAUCCGUUCGCAAUCUGGUAGUGAUCAACCGGCGAGAAAGUUCAAACUAAACGCUGAGCCUGGACAGAAGUAUUUGUUGCGGAGAAAAGAUGGUGAGAAUUACGAAAUGCGACAACCGUUUCUAUGUGGUAGAUGCAAGUCGACGGUGGCUUAUCAGGUUACCCCUCCUCCUCCUGGAAGUGCACCAUUCUUAUACGUUUUGAAAGGUGCCAUGACGGAACUACAAGGCCGCGUACCUCCUGACGCUUUCGAAGGAGAAUCGGAUUUAGAUCAAGAAUCAACAACAUAA